AUGAAAGCGGCGGCACUGGCCAUCGCGGCCUCAAUUUGGGUCAAGCUCGCCCUCAGUCUGUCGCUCCAGCACCGGCGAGACGGCACUGCUGCCCGUGUUGUCGGCAUGACGACGGAGCGCAGACACGUGGCCAACCCGAUCCAGCGUGACCGUCUCCGUCGCCGUGGCGCAGUAGCGGCCGGACUGGCCAACGAGGAGACGCUAUACUUUAUCAACGCAACCCUGGGCACACCGCCACAGUCCCUGCGUCUGCACAUCGACACGGGCAGCAGUGACCUGUGGGUGAACACGCCCAGCUCGACGUUGUGCCAGUCGCGGACAAAGCCAUGCUCGUAUGCGGGCACAUACACGGCCAACAGCUCGUCCACGUACGAAUACGUCGGCAGCUACUUCAACAUCUCGUACGUGGACGGCUCGGGUGCCAGCGGAGACUACGUGGCCGACACGAUCAGCUUUGGCGAUAACGCGACGCUGGCGCGGCUGCAGUUCGGCAUCGGCUAUGCCAGCUCGUCGUCGCAAGGCGUCCUGGGCAUCGGCUAUGCGGCCAACGAGGUGCAGGUGGGCCGUGCUGGCCGACAGGCCUACAACAACCUGCCCGCACAGCUGAUGGCCGACGGCCAGAUUGCGAGCAACGCCUACAGCCUCUGGCUCAACGACCUGGACGCCAACACCGGCAGCAUCCUCUUUGGCGGCGUCGACACGGGCCAGUACGUCGGCCAGCUGCAGACGCUGCCUGUGCAGAAGCAGGCCGGCGACUUUUCCGAGUUCCUCGUCACUCUGACCGGCCUGCAGCUGGGCUCGGCCACACUCGCCGACGACUUGGCCCUGGCCGUGCUGCUGGACUCGGGCUCGUCGCUGACUUACCUGCCCGACAACACGGUCGAGACUCUCUACAACCGCGUCGGCGCCACGUACGACUCGUCCGAAGGUGCUGCCUACGUCGAGUGUUCGCUGGCCCGCUCCAACACCAGCCUCACCUUUUCCUUUUCCGGUCUCCACAUCGCCGUCGGCAUGGACGAGCUCGUGCUCGACCUAUUCACCACCAGCGGCAAGCGGCCUCAAUUCCAAAACGGCCAGGACGCCUGCCUCUUUGGCGUCGCUCCGGCCGGCAGCAGCACCAACGUCUUGGGUGACACCUUUCUGCGCUCGGCCUACGUCGUCUACGACCUCAGCAACAACCAGAUCUCUCUGGCCCAAACCAGCUUCAACGCUACCUCCACCAAUGUGCUCGAGAUCGCCGCCGGCACUACCGGCGUGCCCGACGCUACCGCUGUCGCCAACCCUGUCUCGGCCACCCAGGGACUCGUCAUCCUCGGUAACAGCAACACCGCUAAGUCUGCUGCGGUGCCAUCCUUCCCCGGUACACCUGCCGCUUUGGCUGUCUUUGUCGUUGCAGCAUCUGUCAUGGCUGGAUGGUCUCUGUAG